AUGGACCUGCAGGCUAACAGGUACCACACCUUUAAUGCCACAACGAUCCGGGUAGACGGCUCCUCUCGUGCUCUGCAGUAUGAGACUGUGCAGGCUGUGGAGAACGGACCCAUCCUCAGAGACAUGGCCUUCUCUUCUGAUCACCACUACCUCUAUGUCAUGUCUGAGACCCAGCUGUCAAGAGUGCCAGUGGAGGCCUGUGGUCAGUACUCAACCUGCAGCGAUUGUCUCGGGUCAGGAGAUCCCCACUGUGGCUGGUGUGUCCUGCACAACAUGUGCACCAGAAAGGAGAAAUGCGAGCGCUCAUCAGAGCCCCGUCGCUUUGCAUCAGACAUCAAGCAGUGUGUGCGUCUCAGCGUCCACCCAAACAACAUCUCAGUGUCCCAGUUUAGUGUCACGUUGGUGCUGGAGGCCCAUAAUGUCCCAGAACUUUCUGCGGGUGUUAAUUGCACCUUUGAGGAUCUGGCUGAGAUGAACGGCUUGGUGGAGGGAAACCGAAUCAAGUGCUCCUCCCCUGCUGAGAAAGAGAUGCCACGCAUUAUUGUUGACAAAGGUGACCACCAGAUUGUGCAGCUCUAUCUCAAGUCCAAGGAGACAGGCCUGGCGUUUGCGAACACCAGUUUUGUUUUCUACAACUGCAGCGUGCACAAAUCGUGUCUGUCAUGUGUGAGCAGUCCUUACCAGUGCCACUGGUGUAAAUACAGGCAUGACUGUACCCACGACCCACGGACGUGUUCCUUCCAGGAGGGCAGAGUCAAGAAGCCUGAGGGGUGUCCCCAGCUGCUGCCUGCAGACAGGAUCCUGGUGCCAGUCAACGUGGUAAAGCCCAUCACCCUACGGGCCAAGAACCUCCCCCAGCCGCAGUCUGGACAGAGGGGGUACGAGUGUCUGCUGACCAUCCAGGGAAACGAGCACAGGGUUCCCGCCCUGCGCUUCAACAGCUCCUCAGUGCAGUGUCAGAACACAUCGUAUUUCUAUGAUGGGAUGGAGAUGAGCAGUCUUCCCGUGGAGCUGACCGUCAUCUGGAACGGAGAUUUCAGCAUCGACAACCCCGCCCACAACAAAGUCCAUCUGUACAAGUGCGACGCCCAGCGUGGAAGCUGCGGUUUGUGUCUGAAGGCAGACCCGCUGUUCGGAUGUGUUUGGUGUAAAGGAGAGAACCGCUGCACCCUCAAACAACAUUGCCCCCACCCUGAGAACCAGUGGCUGGAGCACAACGGCAUCAACAGCAAGUGCACCCACCCACGAAUCACACAGAUCACACCUCUGCGGGGCCCCAGGGAGGGUGGCACGCUCGUGACUAUUCGUGGCGAGAACCUGGGGCUGGAGUUCAGAGAGAUUCAGGAUAACGUGAAGGUGGCCGAAGUGGACUGCACACCCAUACGGGAGGGCUACAUCCCUGCUGAACAGAUUGUGUGUGAGAUGGGUAAAGCAGAGAAGAGCCAGUAUACUGGCAACGUGCAGGUCUGUGUCGGGGUUGGAGAGUGCAGACCUGAAUUCAUGGCAAAGUCCUCCAAGUACUACUAUUUUGUGAUCCCAAGGAUUAUCAACCUGAAGCCCAGCCGAGGGCCGGUCUCUGGAGGGACCAUUGUCAACAUCACCGGCAGCCACCUCGACGCUGGGAGCAACGUGUCAAUCAUGUUUAAGGACCAGCCGUGCACUUAUCUGAGGAGGGGUGGCCAAUGGCUCACCUGCCGAACCCACGCUUCCCUGCACGGCUAUGGAAACGUGUCCGUGUCCGUGAGCAUAGACAAGGCUCAUCUCCAGAAAGACCUGCGGUUUGAGUAUGUGGAAGAUCCCACCAUCACCAAGAUAGAACCUGAGUGGAGCAUCUACAGUGGACAUACCCCAGUGACAGUGACAGGAACUAACCUGGACAUCAUUCAGACCCCGCUCAUCAGAGCCAAAUAUAACAGCCAUGAGACCCUCAAUUUGUGCCAGGUGCUCGGCCCUACGUCCAUGCUCUGCCAGGCCCCAGAGCUGCCCAUCAGUCUGGCCAGGCAGCAAGAGGUGCCUGAAAGACCUGAUGAGUUUGGCUUUAAACUGGACGAUGUGCAGGCGCUGAUGGCGCUCAACAACACCAACUUUAUCUACUACCCCAAUCCUGAGUUUGAACCACUCAGUGUGUCCGGGGUGCUGGAGCUAAAACCUGGAUCACCCAUAAUACUGAAGGGGCGGAACUUCCUUCCACCAACCAAUAGUGGAAACGGAAAGCUGAACUACACAGUUUUUAUUGGCGAGAAGCCCUGCAUGUUAACAGUGUCAGAGACCCAGCUGCUCUGUGAGUCACCCAACCUGACAGGUCGACACAAGGUCCUGGCGCGUGUUGGCGGUAUCGAGUUUUCCCCAGGUGUGGUCCACAUCACGUCUGACAGCCCGCUCAGCAGCACGGCAAUCAUUGGCAUUGCCGCAGCGGGUGCUCUGCUCAUCCUCUUCAUUGUGGUGGUUCUCAUUGCCUACAAGCGCAAGUCUCGUGAGAGUGACCUGACACUGAAGAGGCUACAGAUGCAGAUGGACAACCUUGAGUCACGUGUGGCUCUGGAGUGCAAAGAGGCUUUUGCAGAGCUCCAGACAGACAUCCAUGAGCUGACCAGUGAUCUGGAUGGAGCAGGAAUUCCCUUCCUGGACUACAGGACCUACACCAUGAGGGUCCUCUUCCCAGGCAUAGAGGAACAUCCAGUACUCCGAGACCUGGAGGUGCCAGGCUACCGCCAGGAGCAAGUAGAGAAAGGGCUGAAACUCUUCGGCCAGCUCAUUAACAACAAGGUCUUCCUGCUGUGUUUUAUUCGCACGCUCGAGGCCCAGCGUGGUUUCUCCAUGAGGGACCGCGGCAACGUGGCCUCACUGAUCAUGACAGUGCUGCAGAGCAAGUUGGAGUACGCCACUGAUGUCCUAAAGCACCUGCUGUCCGACCUCAUAGACCGCAACCUUGAGAGCAAGAACCACCCCAAGCUGCUGCUCCGCAGGACCGAGUCUGUGGCAGAGAAAAUGCUGACCAACUGGUUCACGUUUCUCCUCUACAAGUUUCUGAAGGAGUGUGCCGGCGAACCCCUCUUCUCCCUCUUCUGUGCCAUCAAGCAGCAGAUGGAAAAAGGCCCCAUUGACUCCAUCACAGGAGAGGCACGCUACUCGCUCAGCGAGGACAAGCUCAUCAGACAACAGAUUGACUACAAGACGCUGGUGGUGAACUGCAUCCACCCAGAGAAUGAGAAGAGCCCGGAGAUCCAGGUGAAGGUGCUGAACUGUGAUACCAUCAGCCAGGUGAAGGAGAAGAUCCUGGACGCCAUCUACAAGAAUGUCCCUCACUCCCACCGCCUAAAAGCCUCCGACAUGGACCUGGAAUGGCGUCAGGGUCGAGGACAGCGCAUGAUCCUGCAGGAUGAAGACGUCACCACCAAGAUCGAGGGUGACUGGAAGAGACUGAACAUGCUGUACCAUUACCAGGUACCUGAUAAUGCGGUAAUGGCCUUGGUUCCCAAGCAAGUUACAGCCUACAAUUCAGUAAACAACUCCACUGUGUCUCGAACUUCUGCGAGUAAAUAUGAGAACAUGAUCAAGUACACUGGAAGCCCCGACAGCCUGCGCUCUCGUACUCCUAUGAUCACUCCUGACUUGGAGAGUGGGGUCAAGGUUUGGCACCUUGUGAAGAACCAUGAGCAUGGAGACCAGAAGGAGGGUGACCGCGGCAGCAAGAUGGUCUCUGAGAUCUACCUGACACGACUUCUGGCUACCAAGGGUACGUUACAGAAGUUCGUGGAUGACCUGUUUGAGACCAUCUUCAGCACGGCCCAUCGAGGCAGCGCCCUGCCACUGGCCAUCAAAUACAUGUUUGACUUCCUGGACGAGCAGGCCGACAAACACAACAUCCAUGACCCGCAUGUCCGACACACAUGGAAGAGCAACUGCCUACCUCUGCGUUUCUGGGUGAAUGUGAUCAAGAACCCCCAGUUUGUGUUUGACAUACAUAAGAGCAGCAUCACAGAUGCCUGUCUGUCCGUGGUGGCCCAGACCUUCAUGGACUCCUGCUCCACCUCAGAACACCGCCUUGGGAAGGACUCACCCUCCAACAAGCUGCUUUAUGCCAAGGACAUUCCCAGCUACAAGAGCUGGGUGGAGAGGUACUACUCAGACAUUGGGAAGAUGCCAGCGAUCAGCGACCAGGACAUGAAUGCCUACUUGGCAGAACAGUCACGGAUGCACAUGAACGAGUUCAACUCCAUGAGCUCUCUCAGUGAGAUUUACUCCUAUGUGGGCAAAUACACUGAGGAGAUUGUGUGUUCACUGGAGCAGGACGAUGCAGCCCGGAAACAGAGGCUGGCCUUCAAGCUGGAGCAGGUUGUGGCCUUCAUGAGUCUGGAGAGCUGAGGACCGCACUUCCCAGGGCGCACUGGGAAAAGACCCCAUCAGAAACCGAGCCGUGCCUGAGCGAAGACCUGUCCCCAUCUUUUUCAUCAUGUGACUUCCUCCCUCCGCCUUUCAAAGAUGAUGACUUCUUCCUUGACCUUUUUUCUGCUUCCUCUUCCCUGAGAAAUAUUUUUCUUUUCCUCAUCCACUCUGCUGCAUAGACUAGUUUACCUGAAGAUAUCGGAAGGGUGGUUCGGGGCUGAGGUCGGCAUUUCCCACAAUGCAAUGCGGGGGAUCCCUCAGCUUCACCACAGGGAGAGCUUCAAGGGGCGAUUGCUUGAAAGCUGGCCAUAUUGGCAUACUUCAGUCCCCCUGCUGGAAGACAAGAGGGGAAAAACAUUUUUAUGUUGCCUUCAAGAAUUUACACUGAUAAGUAAUUCUUUAAAAACCACAAUGUUGGGUGUCCAUUUUGUUGAGAACUUUUUUCAAAAAUAGGAUAGUUAAAGUAAAACCAUCUCUAGAGUCCAGUUUAUUGUAGUUCUAUAUUCAAUGUAUGGAAUCAAGAGGAAACAUCAACAAUGAUGACUGCAAGCCAAAUGAACACCUCUGAAGAAAAAUUAAUGCAAGGAUGGUUUGCCAAGUUUACACUGUACCUACAAGUGAAGCAUACAUAUCUGCGAAAUUUGGGGCGAGUCCAGGCAAACCUAGAAUGUUCUUGUGUUCUUUCAAUGUAGCUGGAGUUGUAUUUAAGAAAAAGACUGAUGAGGGGUAGGGAAGGAUUAGUGCUUCUCUGAACUUUUCCUUUAUCGAAAUGUGACUGACACUAAAACUUUACAAACCAGAGCAUCCCCGAUCUAUACCCCUUUGCAACAUUCGCACAUUGUUCCCCGCCCAGCAUACAUUUACUUCAAAGAAAACGCUCAUGAUUUCUGCUUUCAUCUGGCUUAUGUGGCUACUGCAAAAUUAACCUAUUAGACAAAACCCUGGAGGCCCCCCGACCCAAGUUGGAUCCUCUGUAAGAAGCACACAACCAACCCUGGAAGACAGUGUUUUGACUGCUAAUCCAAACACCAGAAGCAGUCUUUGUCUGGCUCACGCCACUUCCAAUCUUGUGUCGCCAACGCGACAGUCUAUCAAAGCACACAUACAUACACGCACAGAUACACACACAAUCAGCAGUUGCACAAGAUCCUGACUGCCCAGAUAUCUACGCCAACCCUGGAGGAGGUAAAGGGAAAAGCUGACUGAAAUGUACUGGGUAAGAAACUGCUUGAACAUUUUAAAAGAAGAAGAACGAUUCAAUACAGUGUAGCCAGAGACGGCUGACUGCUCCCUGAAGGGGCCCUGUUGUGAGAGUAGCACUUCUUUCCCAGGAUGUUCUUAUUUAAAGACUUUUGUGUGGAAAAAUCAAACAAGAUGGACUUAGUCGGUCAGCCAAAAACCAAAGGAGCUUGAAAUUUUCAAAACGGUCAAAAAUGUAUUUGUAAAGUGCCACUGAGGAACUGACAAAAAAAGGACGAUGUAAAAGACAACCACUUCUAGGACAAAAAAAAAUUAUUGUGACUGGAACUUUAACAAACCUGUGUGAUUUUUCUGACCUCAGUGUGUCGAGGUGAGAGGCUCUGUGGGCGAGGUGAUCCGAUCCUCCUUCCUCUUUCCAUCGUCCCCGGUCUCUCCGGCUCUCGGCACACCGUUCACCCUUGUGUCCGGCUCCUGACUUGCCAGUUUUCUUUUCUGUUUUGCACAAGCGUUGGAGACGGUAGCUAGUUGCAUACGGCAAAACCCCAACUCUUGAGUGUGUAACUGUUGAGGCGCUCUUGUCUGUAUUAGUGUAGUUGUCCUCAGUGGCGGCAGGGGGCGGCCUUCUCCAAGCCUCAAAAGAAAAGAGAAAAAAGAAAAAAAAAAUCUGAUAAAGCAGAGCAGGAACAGAAACAAGACGUGAGCAUCAUGGCAGGAUAAACAGAAAGCGAUAGACUUUAAAAAGUAGAUACGACUUGUUGGAGAGAGCGAUUGAAAGAGAGAUGAUGGAGGCGCCCUCCGUACCUUUUGACCUCUGCCCUUUCUUUUGCCUUGACAACGUGCCCCAUGUGGUGAUGUGAAUGUGUGAAGACCGCCCUAGGUCCACCUUGGGUCCUUUAUUGGCUUUUUAAGCGCAUGUAAAACGUAAACAAUUUAAGAAACUUAUUUAAAAAAAAAGUGAAAAAUAAGAAAAUUAAGCCUUGCAAUGAUGAUGUGGAUGUGUUCUUUUAUCUUUCUUUUGCUUGGAAGAAUCGAGAUGGAAAAAGUGGAUUGUUCAUGUAAUAAAAACUAUAACUUUCGUUUAAGGUGGAACCUUUAUCCAGCUCAACCCCCACUGCAGAACCUCAUGCCCAUGGUUUUUGUGAAGUGUUAGAUGCUAAAUAAAACAGAUAUUAUAUACCCUUGCAUGUUGACCUAUUUGGAUGGUAUGAAAUGGAACUGCCUUGCUCAAAGAUAUUUAUAUACUUCUACUAGUACUUUAAAGUCAUUCAAAAGCCAACUGUUCGUUUUAAGAUUAUGGAUCUCACAUAAAGACAACAUCGACUCUGUUUUGAAUUCCUCGUUGCUCCAUUACAGGCCGUCAGUGUUUUGUGACAGCUGUGUCUUUCAGUUUUGGUACACAGAAGACGCAAGUCGAGUCUUGCUCUGUCUUUGCUGCUAUUACAUCUUGUUUUGAGAGUCGUCUGCUGCAUUACAUUGAUUAUUCCAUCAUGAUAAUUGCUUACAUUUUUCUUAAUCUCCAUCAGUUGAGGCCAGAACAGAAACAUUUUGAGUUGUAAAGCUGUUUUUCAGAUAAUUGAAGAUGGCCACUUAAGAAAGCAAACAGAUGACGAAGGUUCAUUUCAUAAGAAGCAACAAAAGACUGCAUCAGUUUGCUGCCGUAUGUCACAAAAUAAAAAUGUUCUCAUCCCUUUUUUAGAAGAAGCAGUGUAUACAUGUGAUUUAUCACACAGAUAAACAACUUUCUAACAAGAGAGGCACAUUAGGCUUGAUAGUAGACUUAUGUUUAAUGCUGAGUUUGGCAAGUGACUGUUUCUUUCUUAGCCCUUGUGUCAAAUGUAUGUGAGAUAUCCAAGUCCAUUAGUUCCUGUCUGCAGCUAUACAGUAUGAUGAAUGUCUGUUGUUUGAACUCGGAGGGGUACAUUCACAAGGCGUUUGCUGGACAUGUUAUGUAGUAAACAUAUCAAACCUAUCUGUUAUUGGACAAUGAGGGGAAUAGGAAUUGACUUAGCAACUUUAUAUUAAUUCACGUAAAGCUGGCAUUGAUAUUGAAAGAAACCGAAACCACAUAAUUUCAAAGAAGCCCUGUCAUUCAUGUAGCCAAUGUAUUCUCUGUCUAGACACCCAAAGUUUCCCCUCACGGCCGUGUGUUAAUAAAUAACACAAGGUGAGAGUCCUGGACUGUCCUUGUGAAUCUGCCCCCCAGUUGAACAUCCUGUCUUUCAUUUCUCCCCGUCCCCCAUCCCUCCCCCUGCAACAAAGGUCGCCUGCUAGAAGCCACCUUGUGUUGCAACGUCCACAGAUAAAGUUUCCACCUUCAAACGUUUUGUAGGAACUAAAAAUGUCCUCCUAGCUCAGUGUUAUAGCAGGUGUUACAGAAACAUGCUAGAAAAGACUUUUACUAGACCAUAUUUGAAAGAUAAAGAGUAUCUUAUCGAGAGAUAAAAACGAAACCUGGGGGAUAUAAGGCGAGCUUCUCUAACUUUGUUAUAAUUAAUUGUAUACCUGUGUAUGUAAAUAUAAUGCAUUCCUAUUUUGCAGUCAAGAACAAAAUACUAUUUGUAAUAUAGAAUAAACUUUAUUAUGAAACCAA